AUCUAUAAAAAAAAGUUAUGCCUCUAAAGAAGUAACCCAGAACUCAGUCGAAGACCAAACUUUAAAUGAAAAAACUCCGAAGUUCCUCCGCAACCACCGGGAACCCCACCCUUCCGGAGCUGUCAUUCUUGGCGAGGAGCUGGCGAAUGAGCGGUGGUUGUGGGCGGGGCUGCUUCCGCAGACCAAUGGGGUGCGGCGUGUGGUCUCGGUGCGCGCGAUGCCUUUGUUCAGGGCAAGGACCCCGGCGCCAUGCUUAGUGCUUCGAGCAGUGGAAGGAGGGAGGGGGAAUGGCAGCAUUUCACUUUUCUUAUCGAGGAUAGCUAUUGUACACAACUCAAAAUUAUUAAAAUAUACACACAAUUGAGACAUUCAACUUUGAAUAAAAUCAUCCUUCAAAUGUCUUUUGUGACAACCCCCCUCGGAAUACAUUCCCAACUAAUUUCAUUAAUAUUUGAAUGUCUUUCAAUCUGUUUCCAAAUUUGUUCGUAUAGAUUUCUAGCAUUUGAACAGUUCAAUGCAAAUUAAGAAGCAACGUAACCGAGACUUCUAUUUAUAAACCCUUUUCCGUAACUGAUGAGGGUGGGUGGAGAGAAUGGAAAACCUGAACACCAUCUUUACCAUUCAUCGAAAAAAACUCCCAGAGAGGAAUAAGGGAAGAGAAGGAAAAUAAAACACACCAUUAAAAGCAUUUCCAGAACGACAGCUGUCAGUUUUUUUUUAAAAGGGAGGGAAAAAAAGGCGCAAAGAAGUUUCAAAUGUCCUCUCUCCUUCCAAAUUAAAAAAAAUAAACACAGGACAAAGUGGAAAAGAUGCAUUUAAUUAAAAAAUAGAGAGAUGUCGCUUUAAAAAAAGGACGUAUAUAACUUAUAUGAGAUGCUAAAAUAUUUUCCUUGCAGGAAAAUGCCCUGAACAGCUCUUAUUUUUGUGUGUGUGUGUGUGUUGAGCGGAUUUUUUUUGUUCUUGGUCAUCUCGCCCCUGAUUUGAUGGCGAGGAAACCCCGUUGACAAGGCACGCUUCAUGACGGUGAGUUCCUUCAGUGUAUUAUAAUUUUGCGAUAAAAAUUUCAAGGAAAAAAAACAACUCCUUCGGGGAGGGGGGAAAGGAAAAAAAAUAGGGUCUAAGGGAAAUAUUUUUUCUUAGAAAAAUCACCUCCCCGCCUUUAGAAGGAGCAGCAGAAAGAGGAGGGAAAACAAAUCACCCAUCAACGACAACAGUAACCACCACCACCACCAAAAGAAAAGCUACUGCACUGUUUAAUUUAGAAAAAAACCUCUUCGCCCCUCAUCUCCACCCUCUCCCCAAUCUAAAUGACUCAUUGAUUGUAAAGAGCCGUUCGAAAAUAUAGUUUUACUUUCCGCCCCCGUGAUCACGAUGAGUUUAAAAAAAUAGACGCCCGAGAGGGAGAGGGAAAUAAUCGUCUGAAAUCCCUCCCUCUUUUUCCUGCUUUCUAAGCGGUUUUAUCUGGAGUCACGGGCGGUUGUUGGAAGCGCCAUUUGCUGUCAUGGAUGAUGAUGAUGACCGUGAUUUGCGAGAUGUUAUAGGUGAUGUGCAGGCAUUGAAUGAUUUUCUGCAUGGAUCUGGUAGUCAAGAAGUAGACGAGGAUGAUUUGCUUGGUUCAGAUUGUACAAUUGACAACUCUCAUUCACUCUUUGCUGAUGCCAUUGAUGCUGAUCCUACCUCUUCUACGAAAGAUACACACAACCAUAUUGAUGAAGAAUCCAAUUCAAGACUACAGUUAGCGAGUAGUCUUAAUGUUUUGGAAGAGCUGGAUACCUCUUCUCCUCUUUCAAAUCUAAAUGGGGACCAGCCUUUUGAUAUUCUGCAGAAGUCUCUUCAGGAGGCCAAUAUUACUCAACAAACCUUACAGGAGGAAGCAGAUUUGGCAGCUGGUAUUACUUCUACACAGGAGUUUCCACAACCUCAGAUUCAUCCUACAUCCUUUUCUCAGGUUUCUCAACUGUCUUCUGGCAUAUCAUCUGUAAGGGGCUUGACACAACAGCAGAUGAAUGUAACACCAUCACCCAUUUUGCAGCAAGUUUUGCGAACUCCCUUUGUAAAUAAUGAAGCUAAUGUACAGCCUGGCUUUUUUCAACAAAUGGGCAUCAACAGUGUUGCCAUUCAACAUGUACCCAGUAGCAACCCAGGUGGUGGAAUUGGACCAGUCCAGUUGAUUGGUUCAUUAGAUACUCAACAACCUGUAAUGACUUUCAAUCAGCUUGAAGGGUCUCAGUUUAUUUCAAAGGACAAUGGGCAGCUACCUGCUCUAAACUCAGUGACUGUAGGCAAUUACAAUAUGCCCUCCCUUCCCAACCAUCAACCCAUGUCUUUGAACCCAUCAGGUUUAAAUGAAACCAGUGGAUUGUUGCUUCAGAGGCGAGUAACAGCACUUAAUGGAAACACUUAUUAUGGGGCCUCUAAUAUUGGCCAGGUCCCACAACCCAUGUCUGUUCAUUUUAGUGGUACUAAUAUUCCAACAGCACUGCCUUUGCAUAAUAUUAUUCUUCAAAGAAGUCCUGUACCAAGCCAGCCUAAAAUUUCACUUAGUAUUCAACCGAAACCUGCUCAGAUCAAUCAGCAACAGACUGUUUACAACAUAAACAAUUUGGAAUUGCAGACGGCAUUCAAAAUCCAGAAUGAAGUACCAUUACAGCAGCAGCAAAUGCAACAUAAUCUCCCUUUUAGUUCUACGAACUCAUCUCAAAAUGCAGUAAUAGGCUCACCAGUGGGUGUUAAUGUUGCAAAACAACAAGUACCUAGAAAAUCAGGUAGACCACAAGUUUUAAAUCAAACUGGAAGCGGUAUCAUAAUUCGACCUCCUGUUGGGCAACAUGAUCCUCUGGCAUCCCAGAGCCAGUUUUUCAUUCCUACCAGUCUAGCAUUGAAUAUGAAUUCAACUGUUCAGCACCUUCAGACUCCAAACGGACAGAUUAUUCAAAAUCAAACAGUACCCACCCAGUUGGUCUCCAGUCAAGUAGCAUCAGAAUGUGUUAUAACUAAUCGCAAUUCUUCAGGUACAAUGUUGGCUACACAGUCUUUUUCAGGACAGUUCUUAAAUCAGAACUCUGCUGGACAGUUGACCUCUGGUCAGGGUAGCAUGGAGCAGGUAGUUAAUUCUUCAGGACAGCUGUUAACAAAUCAUGGCUCAUCACAGCUAGCUACUGGCCAGGUUCCACUUCAACAGGCUUCGCAGAUGUUGUUUAAUCUUCCAACCUGUCAAAGUGUACAACCCACUGUUGGCUCAAACAUUAAUACAGGAAUAUUUAAGCAAUCUGGGCAGAAUCCAGUUCGAGGCAGGCCAUUUCAAAAUCAACUGACUGUUUCAAUUGCACCUAGUUCCAUGAGCUACAGCUAUGUGUCUGCAGUGCAACCUACAGCAUCAUCAGCAAACAAUGAUGACCAUACACAAGCAAGUUCUGGUAGUAACCUUGUAGUGGUUUGCCAGGGUGAACAAUCGCCUGUAACUGUACAGUCUGCACAACAGCAGCCUCAGCAGUGCCAGCAACAAAUGGGCAUGAAUCAGAUUUUCCGGAUUACCAAUCCUUAUCACCAAAAUGCCAACUUAAUGCAACCUUCGCGGCAGGUCACAUUCAACCGGGCGGAGAUGACCGUCACACAACCCAGCAAUCAGCAUCAAUUCCUUUGUUCACAAGCUUCUAAGAAGAUGAUAGCAAGUAAGCAGGAGCCAGUCACUAGCCAGUCAUUGGUUGGUUUGGGGCAGCUCUCCAAUCAAGUUUCAGCUUCACUGUUUGGAAGUCAGACUCUGCAUAGUUCUGCUCAAAAGGCUCAUGCUCCCGAUGUCCUACGCCAGCCACAAAUAUCCAGCUCAUUGACAAGUACGGGGAUUCUUGGCAAAACCACGUGUAUGGCCAUGCAAAUAAGUGAUGGUCAACUUCACAAAGCUUCCAGUACUUUACAACAGCACAUGGGACAGCUACAUUCAUUGCAGGAUAAAAUAUUAGGGCAGCCAGAGAUGCAGAAAAUUUCACAAUUUGAAGGUCAGAUUGUGGGACAGAAGAGACCUGCAUCAAUACAGCUUACUAAAGAAAGUUUGAUUCUUCAGCAAUUACGAGAAGAACAAAGAAAUGUUCUACAACCUGACUAUAAAACACCAUUCAGGUCAAAAGAGGAUGCCAUGCAAAGGCUUUUGCCAUAUCAUGUGUUUCAAGGGAAAUUACCUUCUCAAGAAGAAUUUCAGAAAGUGGAUAAUGAAUUUGAAGAUGUCUCUGUGCAAUUGCUAAAGCGGACUCAGAUGAUGCUGAGCAAGUAUAGAAAACUGUUGUUGGAAGAUGCAGUGCGUGUAAAUCCCUCUGCUGAAAUGGUUAUGAUUGAACGAAUGUUCAAUCAAGAUGAGAAAAUAUCCCUUAUCCAGGACAAACGGUUUUCUCUGGAGGAUUCUGAUGGCUAUUUGGCAAAGUUUUGUUGUUCCUCAUCUGCUUGUGUAAAAUCUGUUGCUGAAGUGCAACAGUUAACUACUAAUAUGAUGCCACACAAGUCUUCAAGCAGUCAUAGUAGGCAGCCCACACCAGUGAAUGCAACAAUCAACCAAAAAAAUGAACCUUCAAAACAGGUCCAUUUAGCUUCCUCUGUGGCAGCUGGGGUCAAAAAUUCUUCCGUUGACAUUCUCUGCAUCGCUAAAACUUGCGGCAGCAGCAAAGAGCUCAAAGUAACUAUCAAACCAGAGACAGCUUACAGAGGUGGAACACCGAGUAAAUCUUCAGAAAUUCAAGAAUGGUCUGCGACUGGAAAGGAAGGUGGUAAAAAUAAUGCUGGCUCUACGUCUAACUCUGUGGAGGUUCAAAGCACAAAAGUUUGUGAACCUGUUGGAACUAACCAGAUUUGUGACGGAGAAGAAAACAAGUUCAACACUGAGAAAAAGCACAGUAAUUCUUGUGAUAAAGUCACUGUAGAAAGUCUAAUGAAGGAAGGCAAGACCCCUGUUAUUAAUAAAAUAAAUAAUUCCAUUAAAUUGGAACACGAUGAGGGUGACUCACAGUUGCCUUGGCAUGACCAGUCACAAGACAAAAGUGCUAAAAAUUCUAAGCAGCAAGAGUUUACAUGUGUGCAAGUUAAAGAUGGUAAAGAAGCUCAGUGUGACACAUUGCUACAUGAACAUUUGGAGAGUGCAAUCAAUAGCAUUUUGGAUCUACAGCAAGCUCAGAAACCUUCUGAUAAUGUAACCAUCAAAAAUAGCUCACCUGAAGCUGAAACUCCUCAUUUUUCAGCCUUAGCUCCCGUGGAGAACUACGUAGAAAAAUGUAUACCAGAUCAUAAUGAAGGCAUUAGAGAAACUGACUCCAUCUUGGAAGCAGCAGUAAAUAGCAUAUUGGAAUGCUGAUAAUGUGACUGUAGAGACACUGAAAUAACAGAUUGUCAGUUGUACUGAAAACUUAGAGGGAUAAAGAUGGGAAAAGUAGCACAUUACUGAAUACUGAGAACAAGCUUUUAGUUUUUCUGGAAAGAGGAAGAAUGCAGUAGAAACUAGGAAAUAGAUUUAUUUUAAAGUAUGGCUAGUUUGAGCUUAGGAAGGUCUAUUGUAGUUUGUACUUUGAAAAUAAUGGUGGCACAAGGUGCGCAUUAAGUCAUUUGUUUAAAAGUCGUCAAGAGAGGUAUUUAAUUUAACUGCUUUUUUAAAGACUAAUUUCAUGUAAAGUGUACUCUUCAAUUUCAAGAGUGCUUUUCAGUUUGUGGUAGAAAUUUAUGUUUUUUAAAUUGAUACUUUAAUGUAAAAGUAUUGUUUUUUGAGUUAUUUUUGUCUUUCAUAUUAUGUAAGAUUUUUUGAGAAUUGAGUGCCAAUAAGUUGUUUUGAAUAGUUAAUAAGAAACAUUCCCAUUUAAGUCAGUUUGAAACUGGAACUCUUGAAGACGAGGUGAAAGUCUACUUUAUUAUUAAUUUUCUGUUUUAAUACCACUAUGAUUAUAUAAGGAAGGCAACUUUAGGUCUUAAAGACUGAAACUGAAAGCACAGUUUGGGUGUCCAUGCUGUGAUUUGUCAAACUGUAGAUCUAAAAAAUGAUUCCGUUCCCAUUUUGUGGACUUUUAUUGUUUUUGUCUUGCACAUACAACUGUAAGCUUCCUUGCAUAAGUGAAGAGCACAAAAUACACCAUUAGAUCAGUUAGGCCUUACAAACUGACAUCACAAGAAAAAAAUGUCACUUAUGAACUAAAUGGUACAGUGUCUUUUAUUUUAAACUCUGUGUAGUGUUCAGCUCUGGUCCUCCUUAGAAAUGCUUUGUACACAUUUUUAAAAUAUUUAUAAAGAUUUUUUGUAAAAAAACAGAAAAAAGGAAAUGUCAAAGUUAUUUUUGUUAUAUUAGUUCAGUACAUAUAUAUAAAGUGUGGUAAAACAUGAUCAGAGUGAAUUAUUAAGAAGUAUUUUAGUUAGAUGCUAAUGAAACACUGAAUCAACUUGUCAAAUGAGCCAAAGAAUUCAAGAAAACUGAUUUGUGUUGGUCUUUUAAUUUAUUGAAGAUUAUAUGUGUAUUCAGAUUUGUAGCACUGCAGGCUAGUGGCAACCAUUUUUCAAUAUUACAGUUUAUUUGAAUAUUGUGUUGUAAUUAUUUAUUUUGAUAUUCUUUGCAUGAAAAGUAAGUGAUAGGUAUAACUAGAUAGUACAGUAACAUUAAGAAUCUUUGAUUUCUUAAAUGAUGGCAGAAAAUUGGAAAAAUUGUUUUGUGCUAUGGGGGUUAUUUCUUUUAAAAGAAAAUAUGCUUUGUGAACAUUUGUUUAAUUGUUUUCCUGCCAAAGAUGAAACAUUCUUAAUUUUGUCAUGUAUUUUUAAGGUUAGUAAAUUGAAGAUUUGUAUACACAUAAAGCAACAAUAGUCCUUGAGUUGAAUCCCCAGCCUUAAUUAAAAUAAACUAAGGAAAUGGCA